AUGUUGAAUAAAACAUGAAUGUAAUUUAAAAUUCAAACAAAAUAGUUCUGCUAUUAAUCUCAUCCAAAUUAAAUGUAAUGAAAUGGCACAAAUAGCUAACGCGCUUAGCUAUCAAUUAUUAUCAGUACUGUUUAUUUUUGCCAUUGCAGUUGAAUCUAUUGCAACAAAUGACACCUCAUUAAAAUUAGUUAAUGUUACUGUUGAAACCAAAACUACAUCACUUGCAAACAAUAAUAAAACUACAAUUCACGAUACGACUCAUACUGGAAGGGAAGGUUUGAGUACUAUUAAUAUAAAAGUGGAAAAGCCAAUAACUAUUUUAAAACAAAAUAAAACUGUGCAGGAGGUAACGCCUUUAAAUAAUGUGACUGCGCCCCCAAAUUCAACUGCACCUGUUUUUUCUAAGACCACUGUAGCAGCUAGUACUGGAACUAAAAUUAUUUCAAAUACUCAAAAAGCAGCUAAUGUAAAAGUAACAACUUCUAAGCCCAGAAAACCUGAAAUAACUGAACAUGAUGAAGUAGAACUUUCAGCAGCAAAAAAUGACAAUUACAAUUCUAAUAAUUUACAUAUAGACACAAGUAUGGAUAAGAAAGUAAGAAGAGCUGACUACAUUGUGCCAAUAGUAGCUGUUAUUUUAUCAGUACCUCUUGUUGCGAUCAUUAUUUCCGUUCUGUAUAAACGUGGUAAAGAUUGGUGGCAGCAUAGAAAUUAUAGAAGGAUGGAUUUUCUCAUAGAAGGAAUGUAUAAUAGCUGAAAAUCACUUGUAGUUUGGUAGCUUGUAGAAAUUUUAAGAGAUUUAUUUGUACAUAAAAGUUGACAAUUUGUAAGAUGUGCCUUGUUUUGUAU